UCCGUCCUUCCUUCCUUCCUCAUCGUUCUUCAAAGCAUUCGAUCGCUGAUUAUGUGUGAUUCGGAUUAGUCUAUCGUGAUUUGGUACUCAGUUCGAUCCGAUCAAGGAACCUCAAGUCAUUGUCUAAUCAUUUUGACUUCUCCACAUUCCGCCCUCCAAUCGUUCGAUGAUAUUCCCCUGUGAAACAAAAUCUCGUUCCUCCUCAUUCCUUCUCUAGCUACCUGUUAAUUCUUACUGGGUUUUGCUUGGAAUCUUCUAAAACGCAUUCAGGUUUUGGUUUUAAGAUGUCAAGUUGAUGACUUUACACUCAAUCAAAUCUCUAGUCCUACAUAAUGGCAUUUCGUUUGACACAUUUACGAAACCCUCUUGCUUACUCUCGCUCCUUUACUCGUCAAGUCUCUUCCUUUGAAGCUAUUGAGAAGGCCAUCAAAGGCGCCGUGGAAACAAAAGAGUAUCUCCAAAUCCCUCAUCUCGUUGUCUCACUCAAGGAGCCUUACCAGAACUCAAAGCUCUUCUCUUUCCUCUCUGCUUUCCACCAUCAUCACAGAAUCCGAGUCAUCGACGAAAUCCUCCAGAGUUUUGUGCCCGUGAGACCUCGUUCUCUCCCCAAGAUUGUCUACUCUAGUCUUCUCACUUACUCCCUUCAGAGCUCAGAUCCACUUCCUUUGUCUUUCGCGAUUUUACAGCGUACUCUUCGUUCUGGCUGUCUUCCCAAUACUCAGACUCACCUCCUUCUCUCUGAUGCUUGGCUUGAACGGCGGCGACGAGGGUCUCAGUCUGUUGCAGAUAUUAUUAAUGAGAUGAAGUUGAUUGGGUAUAGUCCUGACACUGGAACCUGCAACUAUUUAGUGUCAUCACUCUGUGCUGUUGAUAAGUUAGAUGAGGCGGUUAAAGUUGUGGAGGAAAUGAGUGGAGCUGGUUGUGUUCCUGAUUUGGAAAGUUACGGUGCGGUGAUUAAUUCAAUGUGUUUAGCUAGAAAGACUAGCGACGUGGUGAAGAUUGUGAAAGAGAUGGUGAGCAAAGCUGGAAUAUCUCCACGGAGAGGGAUGCUGACAAAAGUGGUAGCAGCUUUGAGAGCCAACAGGGAGAUCUGGAAAGCCAUUGAGAUGAUUGAGUUUGUAGAGAGCAGAGAUUACCCUGUGGAAUUUGAGACUUAUGAGGUUUUGGUCGAGGGGUGCUUGGAGGUUAGGGAAUAUAUUUUGGCAGGGAAGAUGGUGAUGAGAAUGACUGAUAAAGGGUUCAUACCGUAUAUCAAGGUUAGGCAAAAAGUGGUCGAGCGUCUGAUUGGCAUUGGUGAGUGGAAGCUUGCUUGUACUGUUAGACAAAGGCUUGCGGAGCUGAAGUCUUAGGUACUUCAUGUCCUCAUCAGAUUUGUGUUCAAAAUUUUGUAAGAGUAGUUACUGUUACGAUACUGGAGUGAAAUUCAUACACCGAACUUGGGAAUAUUUUGUUGUUUCUUGUAAAACAGAUUUUGUUUAAUAGCAGUCAGCCAUUUGUCUCCAUAUAUUUUAUGUAUUGUGCGCUCCAUCUGCAAGCUUUUGAAAGCUUAUAUGAAUU